AUGAGCUCUAAUAAUAGUUUCUCUCUUUUGAUUAUUUUCUCUCUUUUACUUUUGUUGAUCCUUGACUCCGCAGCUCUCACAGCUUUGCGCUCUUGUCCAAGCAAAUGUGGAGGAAUCAAGAUACCGUACCCAUUUGGAAUCGGAAAAGGCUGCUAUCUCGACAAGUGGUACGAAAUUGAAUGUAUACAUACCUCUAAUAAUCCAAGGAAGCUCGUCCCUUUACUUUCGGUAAUAAGCAGGGAAGUUGUGUAUAUCUCUCUUCCCAUUCAACUUGAGUAUGUAGGCGCCAUGCCAUACGGGUCAGUUCGCUUAAAAAACCAAAUAACUUCAAAGGGAUGCUCCAGCCAUGGAGAAGAAGAGCUUGGAUCACUUUUGAAUUUGACGGGUACCCCUUUUUACGUUAGCCCCAGAAACACACUGAUAGCGGUUGGUUGCAACAACACGGCAUCGUUGACGCAUGUGGAGCCAAACAUGGUGAGAUGCACGUCUCUUUGCAGCACAAGAUACAAUACACCUACUAAAGAUUAUCUUGCACAACUCACUUGUAGUAAUGACAAGUAUGGAUACGACGAGCAUUGCAAUGAAGGAAGCAUUAGGAGUACUGAGCUAAGAUGCAACGGUACUGAAUGCUGCAAAGCAAACAUGCCCGAUAUUAUUCAACAGGUUGUUGGUGUUACAAUUGAUAAUACCACAACAACGGGAGGGUGCAAAGUUGCCUCUUUAACCGACCCGACAUACUUUCUUUCAAGUGCAUAUGAUCCGCAAAGGUUUUAUGCUCAAGGAUAUGCUAUUGUUAGUCUAGGAUGGUUCAUCCAUACGGGGAAUCCUUCUUUUGUAGAGUCUCUAGGAUGCUAUGAUUCGAAAGAGUAUAGCAAUGUAACACAUGGGAUAAAUUGUGUCUGCGAUUCUAAUUCUAAUUUAAGCUAUGCAAGAUGCAGUUGCAAUGCCGGUUACGGUGGCAACCCAUACCUUCCAGGCGGAUGUACAGAUAUUAAUGAAUGCCUUGAAAAAGACGCUGAUGGAAGUCUCUGGAACUGUAAGGGAGGUACUUGUAUCAAUUUGGAGGGAAACUAUGAUUGUGUGUACACAAAUCAUCGGCCACUUGCUAUAGGGCUUGGUUCGAGUUUCGGCUCAUUGAUCUUUAUUGGUGUAAUAUACGGGUUAUACAAAUUUAUUAGAAAGCAAAUGAGGUUACGCCAAAAGAAGAAGUUUUUCAAGCGUAAUGGGGGUCUAUUGUUGCAACAACAAUCAACUCCAACUGAUGGCAAUGCCGAGAAGACAAGAGUGUUUAGUUCGAGGGAGUUGGAGAAAGCUACCGAAAACUUUAGCUUAAACAGAAUACUUGGCCAGGGUGGUCAAGGUACUGUGUACAAAGGAAUGCUUGUUGAUGGUAGAAUUGUAGCGGUAAAAAAGUCUAAAGUCGUGGACGAAGACAAGCUGGAAGAAUUCAUCAAUGAGGUUGUCAUUCUCUCGCAAAUCAACCACAGGAACAUCGUGAAACUCUUAGGGUGUUGUCUUGAGACAAAUGUCCCUGUUCUCGUCUAUGAGUUUAUUCCUAAUGGUAACCUCUUCGAGCUUCUUCAUGAUGAGUUUGAUGAUAACACGAUGGCUACUUGGGAAGUGCGUCUCCGCAUUGCUGUAGAUAUUGCAGGAGCUCUCUCGUACUUGCACUCGUCUGCAUCGUCUCCAAUCUAUCACAGAGACGUCAAAUCUACAAACAUAAUGCUAGACGAGAAAUAUCGAGCCAAGGUAUCGGAUUUUGGAACUUCGAGAUCGGUAACGGUGGAUCAUACACAUUUGACAACCGUUGUUUCCGGUACGGUGGGAUAUGUGGAUCCUGAGUACUUCCAAUCUAGCCAAUUCACUGAUAAAAGCGAUGUCUAUAGCUUCGGAGUUGUGCUAGUGGAGCUCAUGACAGGAGAAAAGCCGGUUUCCUUUUUGCGAUCUCAAGAAAACAGAACAUUGGCAACUUAUUUCAUUCUUGCAAUGAAAGAGAAUAGACUUUCCGACAUUAUCGAUGCCCGAAUAAGAGAUGGUUGCAAGCUGAAUCAAGUAACCGCAGUGGCGAAAAUUGCUAAAAAGUGUCUGAAUUUGAAAGGGAGGAAACGACCAACCAUGAGAGAAGUGUCGAUGGAAUUGGAAAAGAUUCGUUCUUCGCUCGGAGAUAUGCAACCACAUGAGUAUAUUAGCGAAAACGAGGAGGAAGAAGAAAAAGACGGAGGAGUCGUGGAAUUAGUUAACAUAGAGGAAGAAUCAAGGAACUACAACACGAUUGUUACCGCUCCAGCUUCUCAAUACGUUGUUGCUGCAUCGUCAGAUGUUGAACCAUUGUUUCCUCAUCAAACACGGUAA